AUGUUCGGAUUCAUCUUGUCGCCCAUCGAAUUCCUUCUCAUGGCAGCCUACGCGCCGCUCCUCAGCCUCAGGGCGCUGGAGUCGAAGACGCUCAACGACGACACGAACCUGCUGGCUUUCUGGAUGGUGAUGGCGGUUCUCUCUGCCGUGGAAAGCAUCACUUGGGGUGCCGUUUGGAUCCUUCCCUUCUACACGGAGCUACGUUUUGGGCUUGUCGUGUACAUGCUGUUCUUUCAGGGUGGCAAGAAGGUGUAUACCAUCGCCAUUGAUCCCAUGUACCAACAGGCGAAGAAGAAGCUCCCAGCUGAGCUCCUCCAAGAGCUUGACGAGGAUCCCAAAAAGUUCCUGCUCUCCAUGGGCCAGACAGGCAAGGAAAUGAUCAUGCAGCUGGUGGAGAAGGCCAAGGCGAAGAGUGCCGAAGCUUCGGCACCUGCCAAAGAGAAGAAGAAGGCCGCGAAGGCCAAGUGA